UCUGAAACUCCCGAUAAUGGCAUAUGCCUUUUUAUGAGCAUCAAAUACUUCCUCCGAUUAAGAUCAUCAUCUUCACCGACGAGAUCGUUCAUAUUCGUCACUUUUCUUCCCACGAAAAAGUGCAUUGGAGAAUAUUAUUUCCCUCUUUGACUUACCUGCCAUCUUCACAACGCCAUGGCAGAAUAUUAGUAGACUCCAAGUAAUCAUCCCUCCAAACGUUGCAGAAUUCGCUUCAAGUUUUCUAAUGGCAGGGCCUGAUUGUCAAGCCAAUCAGGACAAGAAUGGUGAUAUUCUGCAGAUUUUAGCAGCUCAAGGGGUUGGCUUCCUUCUCUCCGGUGAAGAAAAGGUGUCACCGAAAUUGUGUGCCGGGAAGAUGAUUUGCCUCUUCUUUUCAGCAAACUGGUGUAGACCUUGCAGGACUUUCACACCACAGUUGGUUCAGCUCUACAACACUCUGCAAACAAGAGGCGAAAAGCUAGAGAUUAUCCUCGUAUCUUUAGACCAUGACAAGAAUGAAUUUGAGCAGCACGUUCGGACCGUGCCAUGGCUGGCUGUCCCAUUCGACGUUGAGUUACGGAAACUAUUGUGUGGGAAAUACCACGUCGAUCGCAUCCCGUCCUUUGUUCCGCUUUGUGGAGAUGAGAUUUCGAAACAGAAUGAUAUGAUUGGCUUUAUUGAAGACUAUGGCGCUGAAGCAUUUCCUUUCACAAGGAAGAGAAGGCAGGAGCUGAAGUCUGUGGAUUGUGCCAAGCGUGAAGAAGGAAGGCUUGAAGAACUCCUAGGGAACCGAGGACAUAACUAUGUUAUUUCUAGACAUGGAGGAAAGACACCAGUAUCUCAGCUAGGUGGCAAGACAAUAGGCCUCUAUUUUGGUGCAUAUUGGAGCCCUCCCAGUCGUUCAUUCACAGAAAAACUUUCCAAAGUAUACAAGGACAUCAUGGACACUACAGAAAACCAUUCCUUCGAAGUAAUCUUGGUCUCCACGGACCGAAACCUCGACGAAUUUAAACUCAACAUAAUAGACAUGCCGUGGCUCGCGAUCCCAUACGAGGAUGAGACCCGGCGAGACCUCUACAGGAUCUUUGACGUCAAGGGAAUCCCGGCAUUAGUCGUGAUCGGAGUGGAUGUAAAGACAGUGAGCGAAAAUGGAAGAGGCUUGGUUUCCUUGUAUGGGGCAGAGGCAUUCCCAUUUACAGAAGCAAGAAUAGAGGAGCUGGAAGAAGCAGUGAAAAAGGAAGCAGAGGAAUUGCCUUCAAAUGUGGAGGACAUAAAGCAUGAGCAUGAGCUGAAAUUGGAGCUGGCAAAGGCCUAUGUGUGUGAUUUUUGCAAACGGCAUGGCAGGUUUUGGGCAUUUUCUUGUCAUGUUUGUGAUUAUGAUCUUCAUCCAAGCUGUGUUGAGCAGAGAAAUGUAUAACAAGUAGUAAUAAAGUUUGAAGACGGGAGGUAAUUUUAGUUCACGAUAUUUUUUUUUUGACGGAUCGUAACACACUGUCUCGAGCAGUUUAAAAAGUAGAAAUUUGAAUGUCUGACCUUUAGAGAGGUUAUUGGUGCCUUAAGUAGGUUGGCGAAUAUAAUAAUUUUUUCCUUUCUUUAAUUGAGUUCAACAAUUGUGAGUGGGAGAUUGAACCAUUAAUUUUUGAGAUUGUAAUAAAUACUUUUUCAAUCCA